CUCGCCACCGUUCACCAACCCCUUUUCAGCUCAAAUUUCCUCUUCUUCGCUUUCAAAACUCAUCGAGUCAAGCGAAAAAAAUUGGGAAAAAACCCUAGAUCUCGAGGAGGGUAAGAGAAGGCGAGUCAAGGGGAAAGGGAGGGAGGGAGAAAGAGAGAGUAGAAAGGGUAAGGGGGUGAACGGAUCGGGAUCUGCAAUGGCAUCGCAGAAAGAGCGUGAGAACCAUGUCUACGUUGCUAAGCUCGCCGAGCAAGCCGAGCGAUACGAUGAGAUGGUGGAUGCAAUGAAGAAGGUGGCGAAGCUCGACGUGGAACUCACGGUGGAGGAGCGUAAUCUACUUUCUGUCGGGUACAAGAAUGUGAUCGGGGCGAGGAGGGCAUCCUGGAGGAUCCUGUCUUCGAUCGAGCAAAAGGAGGAGUCCAAGGGGAACGAGCAUCAUGUGAAGAAGAUUAGGGAGUAUAGACACAAGGUGGAAUUGGAGCUCUCCAACAUAUGUAAUGACAUAAUGUCUGUAAUUGACGAGCAUCUAAUUCCUUCGGCUUCUGCUGGGGAGUCCUCCGUGUUCUACCAGAAAAUGAAGGGUGAUUAUUAUCGCUACCUUGCGGAGUUCAAGAUUGGAGUAGACAAGAAAGAAGCCGCUGAACAGUCAUUGAAAGCUUAUCAGGCAGCUUCCAGUGCUGCUGAGGCAGAUCUUUCUCCUACACACCCAAUUAGAUUGGGGUUGGCAUUGAACUUCUCUGUCUUUUAUUAUGAAAUAAUGAACUCUCCCGAAAGGGCUUGCCAUCUAGCCAAACAAGCUUUUGAUGAAGCUAUUUCUGAGCUUGACACAUUGAGUGAAGAGUCAUAUAAAGAUAGCACAUUGAUUAUGCAACUUUUGAGGGAUAACCUCACUUUAUGGACUUCAGACAUAGCUGAAGAUGGAGCUGAUGAAGCUUCUAAAGACGGCAGCGUGAAGGCUAAUGCUGGUGAUGAUGCCGAGUGAAUUUGGAACUGGAAGCCCAGCCAAUGAUUCUGAAAAUCUUCCUUGGUAUGGUUGUUUUAGAGAUUUCCAAGGCUUUCUUUGAUUUUUAUUUGCUAGGCUUGAACAUGCUUCUGUUCUGUUUGCAAACAUUUUCUUUUGUAUGCAUCUUGCCCGACAGCACUACUUUACUAAGCUGCCUGCUUUAAAUUAAUUUGACGCCUCAGGUGUUUAUCAAACCUUGAGGUCAGAGUAAUGCCUUUCUUUUAUGUGUGCUUGAAAAGAAUAUGCGUUUAGUCUA